GGCAUCAAGAAACACGAGACACAUGUACGUCUGGGCCACAUUGAAAAACCACCGGCACAAAGGCACCGCACCAAUCCUCUAGCCAAUCCUCGCAAAGAUGCACUAGCGCGUUUUGGGUCACAUGGGCAAUGGCAAUGGGCACGCAUGUGUGCACUGCACACCGGGGAGAGAGGGAGAGAGAGAGACAAAGGGAUACAUACCUUGAGUCGACACCACACGGAGAUAAUACACUUCGCUUCUUUUCGCAUUGAGAUGCACUCAACGCUUGCUGCUACGCCACCCCACGCCACGCCAUACAAUCCUUUCUUAAGCCAGAGACAAACAAAUACCUGUCUUGUCUGUUAGCGUAUGCCCUACGUGUGCAGACAGAGACACACUCUGCACAAAUAUAUACUCACCUACUUAGGUAUAUAUAUAGAGAGAGCGAAGAGACACACAGUGACCACAGCGAAGAUACGCACACACAUGGUACCUCUUUCCCUGUUCUGCCAUGCCCUCUACACGGACUCCGAAGCUCCAAGAGCCAAAAAUGAUAGGACGGCAGCACCUGUCUGUACCUUGCGCACGCACCCAUCCAUCCAUCCAUCAGGUCAUUUGUAACAAUCUCCGUGCAGCGAUCAUCACGCACCAAUAAAUACACUGACUGACCAACAGACCUACUAGCGGAAAGAAAGAAUGAUGAGAAAGAGAGCAUAGCAUUCUCUGCACAGCACACAGCACACAUGUGUCACCGACAUUUGUCCGAUUGGACAACUCUGGACUUUCGAAUCACCUCCCCCCGGCCGUCUAGGGCCUCCACCAUGUAGUACCGGCACUUCUUGCCCGCCUCGCGCACCUCGACCCACAUCUCAAAGCGCCGCUUGUCGAUGGUGUCCAGCUCUUUCUUUGGGGGGGCCUUGGUGUCCUCGUAUAUCCGCCACUUCUUGGUCUCUGUGGAGCCGUUCCAGCUCACAUGGAGGCGGGGGACAGUGCCGCUGUGUCCCUUCACUUUGUCGUUGGUGAGCUUCAGCUUGGGCCCCCACUUCGGCUCGCCCCGCCACUCGAACUUGAAGGCCCGCUGACAUGACAGAGACACAGAGGGAUGGUGGUACGGUGUGUGGGGGCAGUGUGUAAGCGCAUACGUAUGUGGAAAUGUCGCUGUUCUGCCACCGCACCCACUCCAUCUCGAACACCUUGUUCCCCUUACGCGUGACCUACACGACCACACACACCCCACCCCCAGGCCGCCGUCAGGCCAGCCAAGAGGACUGGACAAGACAAGACAAGGCACCGACUGGACUGACCUCUGUGUAGAAUGGCGGGUUGGCCCUCCCCUGUGACGAGCCCCAGCAGAUGCCCUUGUUGCCGUUGGGGAGCUGACACACACACACGCACAGAGAGAGACGUGGAGGUGCGUGUGUGGGGCUGUGGUUGUGUCUGCUGACUCACCCACCGUCUGGACGUUGCCCGUCACCUGCCCGAAGUAAUCGGGUUUGUGCCGAUACUCCCACACUGCACACAGACGGACGGACAUCACCUCGCCCUUUGUGUGUGUGGUAUGUGUGCAGGUGGACAGACAGAUGGACGCGACGCACCCUUGGUGGCGGUGUUGUCUUUGGUGUCGAUUUUGUACUCGACUGCGCGCGACCAUGGGUGCUUGCAGAACUUCUUGCUCUGCCGGAACUUCUUGAAGUCAGCUGCAUGCAUCCACACACACAAAUAUCCAUCCAUCUCCCAUGCGUCCAUCGAUGUCACACACACGCUUGGCUGGCUUGUACAAACUACACACACUUACAGUGACACAGAUCAUCUGACGGACAGACACCACACACACGCAGCCGCAGCCGCAGCCGCACACACAGAAAUAACGUCAUCACCCAUCCGCCACCCAGCCAUCUCUCUCUCUGCGUGUGUGUUGUCUGUCUCAGCUGUCUCGGCUCACGGUUGUCGAAGAUGGUGAUUCGGUCCUCCCCGAUGGCCCUCACGUCGUGCGAGUCGAUGACAGCGUGCUGGUCGUUCUUGAUCUUGAUGGUCGAGAAGGCGCUCACCCCGCCGAACCUGUAGACUGUGUCGCCGUUCUCAUCCACACGAAUCAGACCCAUGUUCCGCAUGUUAAUCUAUAUGCCCAUCCAUCCACCCACCGACACCGUGUGUCAGAAACACACACAUGGGGGGAGGGAGAGGUGCGUGUGUGUGUGUGUGUGUGUGUUGACCAGACCAGGUAUCCGGCGGUUUUGCCGUUCUUUCGCUUGACCCAAUCGACCGAGUUGUUGUGGAAUGGGUUCUUUUGGGAGUGGAGGGAGAGCUUGCCGGCCUGCUUGGGCUUGAAGUGGUCCCACGACCGCCACUCGAACAUCUGUCAAAACACCAACCACAACCACAACCACAACCACAGGGAGGGAGGGAUCCAUUCAUUCGUCAGUUGUGUGCCGUUGGUCGGUCGACAGUACCACAUUGCCUCGAGUGUCGAUCUCCUGCACAAUCACGCCUGUGAGUGUGUCCAAGCCAAGAAGGAAACCCACAACAGACACACAGAAGAGAGUGAGAGGAAGGCACUCGGUGGGCUGACUUACCGAGCAUCCGGUCGAUUCCCUUGGUUGGUUUGUUUUGCCAGUCCUUGGCCAUCAUCAGCGCCCAUCCCUUGUGGUUGACUUGCAGCCCGUGCACGUUGGCGCGGUAGCCGUGCUGCACACAGUACUUUUUGGAGUGGGUCCGAUACCGAUGGUCCACCUCGAACGCACACACCUGCACACAGCACAGCGCAGGAGAGAGUCCGUGUGCAGACAGACAGCAAAGGCGUCCAAGGCACGCACCGGGUCUUCGUCGUCGAAGUAUGUGGCUGUCCCUUUGUCGAAAUACGUCAGGCGGCCGUUGCCCUGUGACAUACACGUACAGACAGACAGAUAGCAUGUGUCGAUGUCGAUCGAUGUGGUCUCCCAGACUGAUGUGCUCACUGACUGUACCUGCACUUUGAAGUCUCCCAGCCAGCUGAAGAUAGGGAGCACCACACCACAAUCAGGCCAGGCCACUCCCACUUACUGCUUGCAGCUAGCUAGCUACCUGUCUUUCUUAUUCCAGUACACAAGGUCGCUGCACACACACACACACAGAUCGGACAACCAUCAGCCAUCCACCAUCAACCAUGUCUCUCCUGCCAAGUCUCUCUCUCAUUUGCGUUGUUUUCCUCUCUCACCCACCCGUCCUGGUCGAGUAUGAGGAGGUAGUGCCUCCGCUUGUUGCCCUGGUUGAGCCCCGCGAAGAUGUACCCGUCCGCGGCGUUCUUGCCAGGCUUGCUCUUGACGUGCCACCUCGGCAGGUCCGGCGGCACGUUCCUGUACUCCGACCAGUCCACUCCGUCCGCCUGCUGCGUAAUGACGCCAUCCACACCGUUAUACCCAUAACCAUAACCAUAAUCAUCGCCACCAUCGCCCUCUGCAUCGCCAUCACCACCGGUAUAAAGAUAGUCUAUGUCCUCUUGUCCCUCGCUGUUAUCCUCGCCGUCCCCGUCAACACCAUAUAGGUCACCAUACAGAUCAUCAUAAGCACCGUCAUAAGGGUCAUCGAUGCUCUCUCGCUGCGCGUGUGUGUCGGGGAGGCCGAAAAAAUCGUCCACGAGACGGUCGAUUGGCGAGGGGCCUUCUGCUGCGGGCUCCUCAAGGUCCAUUUCUGGACCGGGCUGGUUCUCAUCCGGCUCUUCCUCUGCAGGAUCGUCGCCGUCGAUGACAGUCUCACCAUCGGUGCCGUCUUGGUCUUCUUGGUUGGGGGCCUUUCGGCUGGCGGAGAAGUCGAAGUGCGCAGAGAUUUCGAAGCUCCACGAGAAGCCGCCGAUCCUGGCGCCGCGCUUGGUCUGCAGCACGUCCUUUCUGACGUCAAUCUUCACCUUCUCCCCCUCCUCAAAGCUGGUCACAUGACCGAAAAGCCGGGGGUGCUCGUGUGGGUGUGCGUGUGUGUGCGUGUGUGUGUGCUUACACGCCGCUUGGGUGGAAGACCACGGUCCUCUUGUCGUCGGCCAGGCGGACCUCCCCUUUGUGAGCGCCGCUCUUGCUGCCGACGACGGAAAAGAGCCCAGGAAGCGCCUUGUGCAAUCUCUUAGAGUCGAUGCGCUGCCCCUGCCGGACCCCUAUGGAGGUGAAGGGCGACACGAGAAUGGCGUCUGGCCGGGGGUGCACGUACACAAAGCUCCCGAACUGCUGCUUGGCGGUGGACUUCUUCUUGCCCUCGAGCUGACGACGCCUCGCGUGGUGGUCGGCCGAGCCUGCGGCGUUGAGCAGAACGGUCAGCAGGAUUAAGGUCAGGUGGCCUAGUCGCCGCCUCGCUCGUGUCAUCGACGCCGGCGCCUAGCAUUCACGAGUGACUCGGAG